AUGGGCAACAGCACGGCAUCGAGGACGAUCUUCCUUGAUGGCGAAAGUGGCGAUGAAAUGUCUGAAUCGGAUGACGGAGCUGGUACGGUCGUCGACGGGCCAGCGAGUCUCCCGAGGAAGACCAAGAAGAAAAGAAGAUAUAAACAAAAGACAGUUCCUGCAGCAGCUGGUGAAGAGCAUGAUGAAGAUGAUGGUUACGAACCUUCCAUCCGUGAAGAAGGACCGGAUGAGGAGGAUGCUCGCAUCGAUGAAAAAGGAAAGAUCACCAACCGAGUCGAACUUCAAGAAGAAGAGUUCAAUUGCAUGAUGGAUGAAAUGAACGUCAAGCUCGACACUGAGAAAAGCGAUGAAGUUGAAGUCGUUGGUGAACCUCCUGAGAGGGAUGUCAUCAUUCGUCGUGGUCAGCUAGAAGCCGAGGCCGAAAAGCUCAAAGAGAUCAAGUUGAAAAAGGAGAAAGAGAAGAAGGCCAAAGCUGAAGCUGCCGAGAAGAAUAGUUCACACAAGGAUCCACCAAAAGAUGGAAGUCGAAAGAAGAAGAAAAAGAGUAAUAAAGAGUCGAAGGAGAGCUCAGGCAAAGAUGGCAGCAAGGACGCUGCUGCUGGCGUGGGGACACUCCGAGGGGAUUGGGAAGUUGAACCAUGUCAGGGAUCAUGGCGAUCGGGUAUGCCCAACGGCGACCCGUGA